AUGUUUGAUGUUGCUGAACGUCUUUGGGAUCUGCAGACAGUGCGGAUGGAACGGCAGUGGAAUGAACCAACAGGCUUCGAAGAUCAAGAGGACGUUUUAGAGGCCGUUCUACAAAUUCUGCAUGGCCGUAGGGCCACAGUGGAGACGGAUGGCAAGUCUCGGAAGCGCAAGGGUGCUUUGGAUGAUGCCGACAAGGCCUUUCUACGUGGUCUCAUGCGAAGGUAUGGCUUGGAACUGAUAGAUCAUCCGGAAAAGCCGUGUCUGUGGCAGGAAGUGUUCACCAAAGCAGAUUUUCUGCAGACACUGUGGUUCGUCAUACAGCGACUUCUGCAUCCACGUGCAUCUGGCGAGUUGACGGCUCUGCGUUGCCUCCAUCAACCUGAUCGCAUUGCUGCACUUAGAGCUUCCAGGAGUCGGGCCUUGCGAAGGAAUGGCGUCCAUGCCGAUGUGUUGUCCCUGCAUCAAGAGUUGCUGGAGUGGCAAAUGGACACGGGGACGAGUAGACUGCCGAAUGAAUCUGAAGACAGGCCUUUGUCUUCGAAGAUUGACAGCUACAAGGAGAAGGACAGAAGGAAUCGCAUCUCAAGCAUGAAGAAGGCUUAUCCUCCUGAUUUUGAACCUUUAGAGCAGUUGUCCUUGGACUGUCUUACUGGAGCAGGUGACUCAUCGACAGGUGUGCAGUGGCGUUCUGAGUUUGAAGAGCAACUUAUGCUUUCUGUACCUGGCUGGACAGAGGAUGCAAAGAAAAGUCGCACUUUUCAUACAUUGCAAGAAGUCCUCCAAUGCGGCGAUGUGUUUCUUCAACAAUGUUUUGCGACGCUGCAAUCUUAUGGAUUGUCUCUUCAGCGCAAAUUGAGCGUUCUUGCUGCCAAGUUGCAAUGCACUCCUAGCAUACCAGGUGUGGCGGAAGCUAUGUCCACUCGAUUACUCUCAACUCCACAGGACACAGAGGAGAUGGAGCUCAACAGAUAUGUUUGUCGGUUGUGCGACUUUCAAUGUGCAGACAAGGAAGUCUUGCAAGAGCACAUCAAGGACGCUCAUUCGAAUGACACUGAGGUUGCAAGAGCAUGGGUGGAAUAUCGCAAGAAAGUUCCCUCUUGGACUGUGCAACGCAGCUUGAUGGCCAAUGCGGAUGCAGCAUUGCGAGAGCCAGGACGGGAUGGAGCACUGCGUGAGGAACGGGCAUGUGUGGUUUGCGCUCGUAGAUUCUGGAGCGAAGAGUUGCGUCCAGUUAUUUUGUUCCAAGAUCCAGCUGCUGGAGCUCCAGAGACGGUGGACGGAGAAGAGGAAGAUCAGCGAGUGAAGAAGAUUGCACCUUCGCAACAACGUCGACUGUGUCGAGUUCUGGGCGUACAGCGCUACCUGGAGCGUUGGCCACAGCUACAGGCCCGUCCAGAGGCCAUUGCAGAGCUGAAGGCAUCGGCGGUCGAGCAUCCAUUCUUGAAGGAGGAGCUGCUCCUUUUACAUCGACGCCGAACGCCAGCUGAUGUCAGGGACCCAUGCGACGUUUGCCGAGAAUGCUGUGGUCCCUUGACAUCAAGCAUGGUGAGCCUUCCUCGGUACAGCUUAGCCAAUGAUUUGUGGAUCGGUCGACAACUUCCAGCUUUGAGAAACUUGGCAGCGGCCACCAAACGUUUGUUACCAAUGGUGCGCACCUGUCUGCAAGUCACUGUUCUGCAGCCCGGUAACCUCGUUCGAGAGGAACGGCAGAAGGGCUUCAUCGGCAACAGCAUCUUUUUGCCGCAGGCUGCGCCCACAGCCAUUCGAGCUGUCCUUCCGCCGCCAGAACAGGACAUGCAGGAGUCCAUUCUCUUUGUUUUGGUCGGCGAUGGACAGAACAAAACAGCCCUUCAAAGCAGUGCAUUGUUGAAGGCCCCUCGUGGCGAGUACGAAUCUGCAGUUCGAUGUCUUCAAAGCACUUCGCCGUACUACGAAGAAGUCACGCUUCGGGACGCUGGUGAGUCUACGUUGCAGGGUUGCAUUUUGGAAACCGGUGUCAACAGCUACUUAGCCAAACAGUUGCUUCAACAGGGCCCGGCUGAUGCACAAGGACAAGAGGAUGAUGAUACCGAAGAAAAUCAGGAAGCGGAACCAAUGGAAGAUGCAGGUCACUUGGUGUCGAGCAUCGUGGGCCUCAAUGAUGGUGAGGACGAGCAAUGCAAAUGGUUGAAAGUUGGUCGUGAUAUGCAAGAGCUCUGUCGUCGCAAGCCUGGAUCCCGACUCAGUGUGGCACAACAAGUUUGCAGAGAUCGAGAUGGCAACGUGGUGUCUGAUGGCUCAUCUGCCCGGAGUUCUCAACUCCUUGGUCGCGAAGGACUUCGAGAGCGACAGGCCCUAGGGCAGAUCAAGAGCAUCCAAAGUCUGGCGGCCCAGUCUGCACAGAGUCAUCGGCAGGUGGAAGCGGACAUGUUCCAAGUCCGACCUUCCAAACUGGUGGUCUUCCGAUACCUGCUCAUCCGCGAGGAGCUGCAGUUUAUGUUUGGAAUUGUCACGAACCAGUGGAAUCUUGUUAAGGAGACAUUGUUGCCUGUGAUGUACGAUGUGCAGCGACGAUUGGAGCUUAUGAAGUCUACCAAAGCAUAUGUGCAGCGUCGUGGCUUCGCAAAGCAUCUCAAUCUCAUCGCCAAUGUGAGCACAGAAGAUCUUUUGAAGGCAAUGGCAUUGCAUGGGGAAGCUGCGGACAUUCGAACUCUGAUGCAAGAUGCCAAUGUAGAUCCAGCUUUGAAACGUGCUCUGGGCGGAGUGCUGCAAUCAACCGCCAAUAUCAUCGGCUUGGAAGGACAUCGCAGUCAAAUUCGACUUCGUGGUCAUGCAGCCGGUUGGCACUAUGGCAAUGCGCAUCUUUUUGUCACACCCAAUCUGGCUGACGUUCGUGCACCGUUGAUGUUGCAGCUGCAUCUGCAGACGAAUGGCAUUGCCGAAGUGGAGGCACAGAGUAUUUGCUUGGAUUGGGACGAUGAAAUCCCGGGCUUGCCUACGGCUGCGACCAUGCGAAGAAUCAUUGCUCGAGAUCCAGUGUCCCAGGCUCGGUUUUUCCAUCUUAUGAUGAAGAUCUUUUUCGAAGAGCUGCUUGGCAUCGAGCCGACUUUUCAAAAGGAACGGUAUGCAGUUGGAUUUCCACGCUGCUUCGAAGAUGGCAUGGCAACUUCAUUGUAUGGUGGCAUCUUUGGUGAUAUUGCUGCUUUGUGCGGCCCGCUCGAAACGCAAGGACGUGGAUCCAUGCAUCCACAUAUCCUCAUCGUCUUGCUGGGUCAUGACCUCAUCAGUCGUGCGCACACCUUGAUGCGUCGCAUUGGACAUGGCGAGCUGGUGGUGGAACUGCAAAGGUGGAGUCGCAAAGUGUUGGAAGCUGCUGCGAAGAUUCGCUGGGACAGUCAAUUGGCUUUGUCCGAUUGCUUGAAUGUAGAAGGUACACCUUUGCCGUUUUCCGAAAAGCAACGCAGUGAGUGUGGCAAACAAUAUGCGGAGGGCAUGAGCAAUCCUGCAGCUCAAGUGGUCAUGCGAUGUAACGUGGAUGUGAAGUAUUUGGGUCGUGCAUUCGAUGCAGCUGAUUUGGAGAAAGUAGCAUCAGAAGUCGGUGGUUUGUCCGCACUGGAUCCUCAAGCAUUGCCUGAUACUGAUGCUGAGCCACAACAGUCUACAAGUGCCUCCAGUGUUGAUGUCCCAAUGCACGACGUCAAUUUGGACAGUGGAGAUGUCGAUGACAGCAUGCAAGUUGUUCGGGAACAGGUGAAAAAGCGGAAGACUGCCACCGUGAAUGCUUUGGGCCCUCACAAAGAUACUUCGCAGUUCUCGCAUACCAUGGAGCGGAUUCUGAUUGAUAUGUUUCGUGACAUGGAGGAUGUGCAGUUCUACACUGGUGAGUAUGCAAGUAAGAAAUUUGAGGUCUCCAGAAACUUGCUCCCUGAACUGUAUGCUGGUGUGCAGAAGUUGGAAACAGAAGAGACCGAGCGUCUCCAAAGUGCCAGCAUCGCAGAAGAUGCAACUGCGCCCCAGGCAGCGUCCUCUGCCAACCUGCCUGGGGGUCAGCAGCAGCACAGGGCACUCAGCAUCCUCCGACGCCUGGCUUUCGGCAUGCAGCGAUGCGUUGCAAAAUCCAACGGAGAGAUGGCGUACCAGCUUUUGUACGAACAGGAACAGUAUGUGACGUUUGGAGGGUACAACAUGUUCUUCCGCUACAUCCCCUAUGCAAUCAUGCAACGCCGAUUGCAAGCACUCACGGAUGCGUCAGCCGACCAUCCUGAGUGCGCCGUGCCACCCCUCGAUGUCCCGCCUCCUGAUGCAGCGGCAGCCUUGCCCAUUCAGGAGGUGGCGGACAUCGAGGAGGAGGUGGACGGCAGGGGAAGCAAGAAGCAGCAACUGGCACACUUCAACCAGAAAGAUGACUUCUUGCAUCGCGGUUCCCAUCCACUGCUUCGUUCCAUGUCGCUGCUGAUGUAUUCCAGGUUUGUUCGACGUGUGGAUCGCUCCAAAGCAGGUCAGGCCGAUGGAUUGCAGUUCUUCGAGUUCGAUGCACACUAUCCACAUCACCGUUCUUCGCUGCAAGAGGUCCGACUUGCGGACAACAAUGUGGUCGUGCCAACCGACCUUCGUCUCCCGGCCGACCACGAGACAGAAAAGCUGGCUGCUUACAUGUUGGGCUUGACUUUUCCGUUCCCAACUUGCACCGGCGAUUGCAACAACUCGCAGCAUUGCUUCGCUUGUCAUGUCGUGGAAGUACAUGAAAGCCGUCGGGAGAUCACUGCACGAUUUACACCCGUUUGGCGGCAUUGGAAUGCCAGCAUGAAAGUUCGACAAGAAGCAGCGCAGACAAGAAUUUUGGCUGGUCUAUCCGUACCGGUGUUGCGAGAUGUUGUUGGUGUGCGAGCAUGGUACAGUGCAAAAGCAACUCCUGGACGUCGUUUGUUCGCCGACUUCAUGAAGAAGCUUGCGCAGCAACAUCUGGGUCGGGUCGAAAGCGUGUUUGUGGAUAUUCCCCGCAUUCAUGAGCUGAUCUGUAUGUAUUUGAAUGUCGAGCCACAGUCGCACUAUUCACAGUUGACUCCUUUGGAACACUUGUGCACUUUGCAGUUAUCGUGGUUGGAACGAUACAGGUUACACCAGGCGGCACGGCGACUCAGCAGCAGUCAACGUCGCGCCGAGCGCUUCGCCUACAUGAGCAAUGUUGACAUGGAAGAAGCCGAUCCAGAGGAGGAUGAGACGGGUGCGGUGGACAUUGAAGGCGAAGAUGCAGAUGAUGACAUGCAGCACGCAGAUGCAUUGGAACGCAUGGAGUGUGCUCCACAUCCAAUCCACAAAGACUCUCUGGCUGAUGCUUUGUUUCGUGAUCGUGAGUGGUACGCUGUCAUGGCGAACUCCAAGGCGAAGGCGUUGAAAACUUCUCUGCAGAAGUUGAUGCAAUUUGUGAAUUGUUUGGGUGGCGUGCCCGAUGUCAAGCAUGGUAUGGGCAUCCGAAGCAAUGGCACGACUGAGCUGGAUCGGACAUGGAGUCACGCAGAUACUGGACGAAUUUUUGCGGCACAAAAGCAAUAUUUGGAAUACAUUGCCGGAGGCUAG